UAUUAUGCAUACAGACUGACAGCGACCGACAUAGCGUAACCCCACAGGAAAUCUUCCUCCCUUUCUUCCAUACUGUAUACUCUCUCUCUCUCGCAGAUAGAUCGAUCAAACCCCACCCACCCUUUGCCAGUGCCUGUGCCGAUGCGGGCGCGCAUUCGUCACUUUUGAAUUCUAGCUGCUCGAUCGAUACACACAUACACACACUCGUUAUUCCUUCAAAUUCAAGAUUUGCUGCGAUGCAUGGAAUUCUUGAUUCAAGAACGCUUCUUCUUAACCUUUCCCCCCUACCCGCCGCUACUGUGUCCUUUCUGUCACCUGCGCCUUCCUUCCUUCUUCGCAUCCUAUCCAGAUUUGUAUAGAGCAGAGCGUGAAAGAUCUUUGUCUUUGCUUCAGCUUAUGAACAGUGAGGGAGUGGUGCCGACUCCGGACAAGGAAAUCAAGAGAAGAAACGCUGUAGACAGUCUGAAAAAGAUUGUGAAGCAGUGGGUCAAGAGGGUUGCUCAUCGGCGCGGAUGUCCAAAGAGUUGUAUCAGGGAGGCAUCUGCUACAAUCCUGAUAUAUGGGUCAUAUGGCCUCGGGGUGGAUGAUCACGAGUCUGAUGUCGAUGCUUUGUGUGUUGGACCAUGCUUUGCCACUAUGGAUGAAGACUUCUUUAUUGUUCUUCGAAACAUGCUCGCCAGUCGACCUGAAGUUUCAGAGCUCAUAUGUGUCAAGGAUGCCAGAGUUCCUUUAAUGCGAUUCAACUUCGAUGGGGUUCCAAUAGAUCUUCCAUAUGCCAAGCUUAGCACAGUACACAUUCCUGAGAAUGUGGAUGUACUCAACCCAUUCUUCCUGGCAAAUAUUGAUGAGGUCAGUUGGAGAAGUCUGUCCGGUCUACGUGUGAAUAAGAGCAUCCUCCAAUUUGUGCCAAAUAUUGAGGUAUAUCAGUUGCUUCUGCGGUGUGUCAAAUUUUGGGCAAAAAGGCGAGGCAUUUAUGGGCAUUGCUUUGGAUUUUUUGGAGGGGUGCAUUUGGCAGUCCUGGCCGCAUUCAUCUGCUGGAGGCAUCCGAACAGCCAACUGAGUGCGCUGGUUUCGAUUUUCUUCCAGACAUUUGCGUUCUGGCCUUGGCCAGCACCCGUGGUCCUGGGAGAGAUGAUGCCGUCGACUCAGAACCAUGCCGUAUUAGAGAGGUUGCUAAUGCCCAUCCAGUUUCCAUGCAGCUCAAGUGAGUACUGCUAUUCUAACAUUACCAGAAGUACUUUCAAUCGGAUCGGAAAAGAGUUCCUGCGAGCUCACGCUCUCACAAAGGGUAUUCUGCAGCAGCAGGAUUUUGAAUGGAGUCUCUUGUUCGAACCGCAUGUUCAUGCAAAAGAGUACCAAUGGUUUCUCAAAAUAUGCGUCUCAACUCAUCGGCCAGACAAGCUAGCAGAGUGGGUUGGGUGGGUAAAGUCUCGAUUCCGCUGUCUUAUUAUCAAGUUGGAGGAGUUGCAGUGGUUCUGCGACCCGAAUCCAAGAGAGUUGUGUGCAGGAGGAGGAGGGGGGACUAGGCCGCAUGUAGCAUUCUAUUGGGGGCUAGGCCGUAGCGGGGAUGAGGUUGACAUCAAGAGCAUCAGGUCAGGUUUCGUGAAGACGGUGUCCAAUGGCUACGAGGGGCACAUUGGAAUGAUAGAGUUGGCGGUUGUUGCAGCAGCAGAAUUGCCCUUGCGCAAGAACGAGGGCAUCAUCAUCAUCGAUGGCACCAAGCUGGCGUGCCCACCCUGGGCCUUGGGGGGGUGCGGGCGUUCGCGAUGGAAUGACUGCUUGGAGUCAUGAUGGUGGUGGUGUCCCCAACCUCAGCCUCGGCAUUACUUUGCAUGUGACAACACAACACCAUGCCUCCUCCUGCUCCUGCAGCAGCACACUGGAAUUGUAUUGUAUGAUACCCGAGUAGCAUCAAUAGUUAGUUAGUUAGCUAGUUCAGUACAGCAGGAAAUAUAGAACAUCGAUCAGAGGCUUUCUUUUUGCUUGUGUGAGUGCAGUCAUCCGUCCGUCCGUCCUGAAGAAUGAAAGCAAGCCUUGCCUUGCCUUGCCUGCCAAACACAACAGCAGGUGAGCAUAUAGCAGCAUGGGUGUAUGCAUGACUUCAGGCUCUGCUUCUUUCUAGUGAGUAGUGAGUUUUAGGACUGAUACGUACGAUGAUGAUGAGCUCCUAUUGAGUUUUACCCAAUCUUUCUGGGCUGGGGGUCCCUAUGAUUCUUGGGACUGAUAAGUUUUGAGGGGUCAAAUACGGGGAAUGGAGGAUGUUCUUUCAAGCAAAUCCCUGCAAGCAAAGCAGUCCUGCAAUGCGGUCUCUGUCUCUGUCUCUGCUCGCUCACCCUAUCUUGAGAUUCUCUUAAAGAUUAACCAUAGAAUCCCUUCAAGUGAGCAUCCAAGAAGUGAUG